CGUGAUGCUCCCUAGCUGAGAAACCCCAGUGCAGCAGGCAGGGAGUUCCUCAUUGUUCUGCAAGCUGCAGCAGGGACACAUCUUGCUGCUGUUUCCUUCUCCCCCCAGGAUCCAGAAUGCCCUUUGUCAGCAUCACUAAAGAAAUGGCCAUGGGGACUGCAGUCCUGGGGCUUGCUUUUGCCACUGGAGUCUUAGCAGGUAAAAAAUAUCCAUUUUGGACUUUUGGGUUUCUCAGAUCAGGCAAGAACAUUUUUGGAAGAGGAAGCCCACUACGGAAGUACAUAUCGGAUCACUCUCUGCGCGAGCAUCCCGUCCUAAAGAAGCUGCGACUGCUCACCUUGAACCACCGCUGCGGUGGAAUGAUGGUGUCCUGCGACCAGGCUCAGCUUAUGGCAAACUUGGCCAAGCUCAUCAAAGCCAAGAAGGCUAUUGAAAUAGGUGUUUUUACCGGCUAUAAUACCUUAAAUAUGGCAUUGAUCUUGCCGGAUGAUGGCAAAGUCGUUGCCUGCGAUAUAAAUGAAGAUUUUGCCAAUAUUGGAAAGCCGCUGUGGAAAGAGGCAGGAGUGGAGCAUAAAAUAGACUUGCGGAUUAAACCAGCAACUCAGACACUUGAUGAACUGCUGGCAGCUGGUGAAGCUGAGACCUAUGACUUUGCUUUCAUAGAUGCAGAUAAAGAGAGUUAUGACGAUUACUAUGAAAAAUGUUUACGUCUCAUAAGGAAAGGGGGAAUCAUAGCUAUUGACAAUGUGUUAUGGCACGGGAAAGUAUUGAAGCCGAGCAAGAACGACAUACAAGCCCAAAGCGUCCACCGCCUCAAUGAGAAGCUCUUCCGGGAUGCGCGCAUCAGUAUCAGCAUGCUCCCCAUGGGGGACGGCGUGACCCUCGCAUUCAAGCUGUAGUGAGAGAAAGGUGCUGAGCAAUGGAUCGGGGACAAAGAACCCCCAAAUCAUCAAGCAAAACUAAGGAGGGACUAAAGCAGCAUCUGUAAUGUGAGCCUGUGUGUCGGCAGGAUAACCUACCAUUGGGAAACAGCCUUGGAAAGGACCAAAAAACCUACAGGAGGCUGGGUUUAAGUGCAUCUUCCCCUGCCUUUUCAUUGUUUUUUGUAUUGGCUUAGCGCUCUAGACAAUGCCCCUUUCCAUCCCAGCCUCUCCGCGACGCACUGUCCUGGGUCCCCAAGAUCACAAUGCGGGUAGGUAACAGGGGAGCUAAACCGGAGCUAUGUCUAGACUGCAGGCUUCUUUCGGAAGACGCUUUUCCGGAUGAGAUCUUCUUCUGAAAGAGAGUGUCCACACUGCCAAAUCGCAUUGAAAAAACGAUCUGCUUUUUCAACAAAUAGCGUCCAUCUCACAUGUAAGCUGUGAUUGCUAUGGCUGGAAUGGCCACCACGGCACCUGUGCGUUUUCCUCUUCCCUCUUCUUGCAAAAGAACUCCCUCUUCCCGUCCACACGUGCCUUUUUCCGAAAGAGCUCUUUCACCAAAAGGCUUCUUCCUCAGAGGUUUACCAAUGUCGGGAAACCCCCUCUGUUCUUUUGAUUCUUUUUUUCCCCCCCGAAAGAACACAAUUGCAAUGUGGACGUAAUUGAAGUUUUUUUGGAAAAAACACCAUUUUUCCGAAUAAUUCUGAAGGUCUUGGUUUUCCUCUGGGUAUGUCUACACUACAAAUAGACCAUUUCUGGGAGGAAAGCCAUCCCUACGGCGAAGGAACUAGACUGGGACGCUGCAGAUCUAGGUUCAGUUACUGGUACAUGACAAAAGCUGUUUCCUUCUGGUUGUUUCACGCCGUUGCAUACAAAUCUGUGAAAAAUUUUCUGUGGCAAAAACUCAUUUUGGAUAAUCAGCCAUUUUUAAAAAAUAGCAAUUUCAAGUGA